AUGGGUAAAAAAACACCGAUGAAUACAUUAGAUUUAGAAAAAAAUUCCAGUUAUUUUGAUGAUGAUAAGAAUUCAAUUUUUUUACGAAUGAAAAAUCGGCAUUUUUCAAUACUUCAUUCGAAUCUUUCAAAAAUAUUUUCCCCUUCACGAGAGAUCAAACAAGAAGAUAAAGGACACAAGAAUAAAGAAAAUGUGUCGAUCAAAAAAGGUGAUCAACAGUCAAAACAAAGCAAAGAGUCAUCUGUGCAAAAAGCCAAUGGUUUCAUAUCUCAUUUGCAUCUUUGCCGUCCUUUGCAAACUACAUCAUCUUUAUUUCAUGUUCCUUUCUCUUUGGCCAUGCGGUGUGCUAUUUCGUCUUCAGCAGUUCUUUUUUUUAUGCCUACAAAGGCAGAAUAUUUCUCUGAUCAGGUAUCAUCAUUAACUCAGUUCAAUGAUUCUUUAUUAUUUUCUUUUGAAAGAGGAAUCGGCAUGUUUGUAUUAAUAGAAGGAGCACUUUUGCAUUAUGGCUUAUAUGACAAUGAUAUGUGUAAGCCAAAACACGUGAUAAGAAUUCAGCAUAAUACAAGUAUUCGUGUAUUGAAUCAUAUUGAAGGCACAAGAUGGAUAUUGGAACUCGUAAGUUCGAUAGAUGUGUCAGAUGAGGGUUCAAGUAAUAAUGAUGAGUUAACGCUUCAAACUUCUAUCUUAAAGAAUGUAUCUUGCUUAGAUGUUUCAUUAAAAAAUGAUAAACAGAAAGAAAUUGUUUUAUUCAGCAUAGCUACACAAAAAUCUCUGAACCAAUGGCUCAAAAUAUUUCAACAAGAAAUCUCUCGAAGCAAAAAGCAUUUAUUGUCUAGUCAGAAUUCCAAAAACAAUACAUUUGACACAAAUUCUAAUAUUCUUUCGACCUUGCUUCCUCUAAAAAAUCCGCAAGGAAAAAGGCCACCAAUACCGGUGCGUCCAGACUUUAUAGACUUAGGCUCUGAAUUAGUAACAAAGCAACUCCGUAUAGAAUGCAAAGAAACAAAUCAGUCAAAUAAUCACGAUAAUUCAGAUAAACAUUCUUGUGAAGAAAUUAGUAAAGAAACUAUUCAUACACCAAAAGUGCUUGAUUCUACAAUAAAUAAGAUCCAAAAGAAAGACUAUAGUCCAUUAGCAGUUAAAAAACCUUCUGUUUUGUCACUCUUCACAUCUCCAGAUGUACCAAGUGUCUCAGACUGUCCAUCAUUAGAGGCAUCUAAUUCAGAAGACUCUCGAACCCCUUCCUAUGCAUCAUCUGCAUCGAUACCAGCAAGUUAUCAUAAAGAAAAUACAUUUUAUCAGCUUUUAAAUACACACGGUACCCAAAAGGAGAUAUUAACUUUAAUUCCACAGUGUCCAUUAUUAUCACAGCACAUAGUUCGCAACAAUAUAUAA